UAAGAACAAAAAUCCGGAGUGAAAGUCUUUCACAAUCAGUUAGGGCGUCUUUAUUUAUCUCAGCUGGUCAGCUGGAGCCGCUCAGCAGCUCGGCUCCCCAAAUGAUUUUUAUGAAGAACAAACACAACGGAUAGUCCACCUGGAAUUUAAGGAAACACAAAAAGUAUGGUUUUCCUUUGUGAACACGCCGAGAAAGAUUUGCUUUAUGAUUAAAACAUACAUCAUAUAUUUAAGGUUUUUUUUUUUAUUCCGCUAAAGUAGCUCGAGAGCUGGGACACGGCGGGAUUGAUCUGCGUGCGCGUGGGGGGUGAGCCAGAGAGAAGGGGUUAAAACAGGAAUAUUGGGAACGGAUCAGGAUGGAAGAAAAUGAUGAGAGGAGCAGAGACGAGGAGCGCCAGGAGUCCAGUGAGGAGUCCAACAGAGACAUCAUCCCCCUACUGCAGCCGCCGGGACACCUCCUGCCCCACAGAGUCACCAACUUCUUCAUCGACAACAUCUUACGGCCGGACUUCGGGCGCAGGAAGGAGGGCAUCUUUCCUGGAGAUGACAGGAGUGUUGGAGGAAGAGAGACCCGCAGCCUUUCACUCGGUGGGACUGGGCAGGUGGGGGGAACAGCGGCUGGAGAGGGAUCCUCCAACCCCCCAUCGGUGACCGGGGGCAAGAAGCCCGACAUUGGGCAGGAGCAGCGACUGAAAGCCCGUGGGGAAGGUGGGGAUCAGUGCCUGAGCUCGGACUCGGACAGUUCGCAGAGUAGCUGCACGCCGGGGUCGCAGCCCAUGCUAUGGCCCGCCUGGGUGUACUGUACCCGCUACUCGGACCGUCCUUCAUCAGGUCCGAGGUCCCGCAAGCCAAAGAAGAAGAGCUCCCUGAAGGAGGACAAGCGGCCCCGCACCGCCUUCACGGCCGAGCAGCUGCACAGACUGAAGGCCGAGUUCCAGACGAACCGCUACCUGACGGAGCAGCGGAGGCAGAGCCUGGCGCGCGAGCUGGGCCUCAACGAGUCCCAAAUCAAGAUCUGGUUCCAGAACAAGCGCGCCAAGAUCAAGAAGGCCUCGGGGGGCAAGAACGCGCUGGCGCUGCACCUCAUGGCGCAGGGACUGUACAACCACUCCACGGCGGAGCGGGAGGACAAGGAGGACAAGGAGGACAGCGACUGACCGGAGCCGAGGACGCGACGGACGGACGGACGGAGCCCCGCUUAACUGUUGACACACACGCCACGCCACGCCACGCCACGCGAAACGCACCCGUGAAAAAUACACGAUCCGCGAUCUCCCCUGCUGCACAUAACACACGGUAAAUGCAGCAUUCGAAGUACGCGCAGCAGUUAAGAAUAAAACAGGCCAGCAAAUACGCGAACCAUACACACGUACGUAUUAACAUGCCAAUGAAUAUGUCUUUCUGACACACACGCGAGUUACACAGUCGCCCGUUAACACGCCGUUAAACAUUACAUACUAUCAAAAAUACACUGUGAAAUGUCACAUGGUUAAAAACACGCCGCAAUUGCUGAAUUUAUAAAGCAUCCCUUAAACACCGCACGUCCGCAACUAAUAAUAACAAUUUAAUGCUCCAGUAAUUGGCCAAUAAACACAACAAACAGAAUUAAUGAUGCAGCCAUUAAUAAUAAACCAAUUUAAAACGCACAAGAAAUACACACACACACAUACACAAAACAAUUUCACAGCAAAUGGUACACGAACGAUGAGUACACCAUGCAAUAACCUGGGAUAACUAAGGGCCUGUGUAAAAAAAAAAAUAGAAAAAUUAAAAAAAAAAACAAAAUACCAGCAUUUAAAAUAUGAAAUAUGCGUAUUAGAUGUAAUUCUGCAAUAUCCUGUAUAUAUAAUUUAUGAAUAUGGAGUUCGUUUUGCCAUUUCGUUCCUUAAACUGUAGAUGCCAAUUCUGAGAAAAUAAGAUUUUUUCAGUUCCUUUCAUUGGUCGAACACACUUCUGAUGGCCACUUGACAUUCACACACACGUGACAGUGAAAAUGAAACACCGACUCGCUGAAUCCAAAGAUUUCUUUCUGCUGCAUUCAGGCAACUGUGAAUCGAAAUAAAUCGAUGAGUGUUGAGAUAUGUUUUAUUUCUAUGUUUCGUUAUUUGUUUUCUUCCGGUGGCUUUUUAAUGUGUUCAACGUUAUUUAGAGUCUCAGUAGAGAAUCUCAAUUAUGUCCACGUAAGUAAAAACAUACUGUAUCUGGAAAAGAAUAUUUCGAAAUAUGCUACAUGUAUGAAGUAUGUGGUUUAGUAAAGAGAACAAAAAUCUGGACAGGAAUGAAAACAGAGGUGGAAUGUAAAAAAAAGUUGUUUUGCCUGAGAAAAUGAAGCAUAUUUAAUUGUUUAUUCUACCGAGAACAUGAAGUUACUGAACCUCCACCCACUGGGAGGGGGGCACUGAAAUGUGGAACGUAUUUCCUCCGUAUUGCCAUUAUUAGUGUUAUUUUUACUGUGCCCCAGUGCGAGGCUUCUAUCAUCAAAAUGAUAUAGUUUUUAUGAAAGAGCAAUAUAAUCUUUUUGUAGCACGUUUUUUAAAUUAUUAUUUAUACAGUACUGAAGAAAGAGUGAUCACUUUUUUUAAAACAAUGAACUGAUGCUCUGCGCGCUCCUGCUACAUUAUGGUUCAUAUUUAUAUAAAUUACAUAAAUACUGUAUAACGACAUGGGUCCGUCUCUAGUUUAUAACAAUAAAAAGCUGUUUUGUUGUCAGUUUUGUAUUUAUGUAGAUCAUGUUGAGAAUCUGUCCAUGAAGUGAACAGAUCAGGGUGUGUUUACAUGACUUAUUUAUCUUGCAAUAAUAACUUCUUUUUUGCGACUGAGACGUUUUCUGAGGCCUUUGCAUGGAUGCUGAGGAUUGUCGUAUCUGGACAGAUGAAGGUGUUUAUAAUGAAGGGUGAGGUUUUCAGUUUAAAUUUUAUACCAAAUUGUGGAUUUUUUUUUUUCUCUUCGAGCUCUUUAUGUUUUAUGGUAUAUCUGAAAAGUGUGUAUGAAUCCAGAUCCACCAAACCAAACACACUUUGCCUUAAAAGUUCAAAAGCAGAACUUUAUUUUUUCUCAGAACUGUGUUAUAAAAAUACAAAAAAAAAGAAGUAUUAUGUUGAAUGCAUAUUGUUUGUAUGAGGAAUAUUGCGACACAAUGAAUUUUCAACAGCAAAAUUUAUAAAUAUGUAAAGAAGA